CUGUAAGGGCGGGAAGGGACGUUCGGUGAGACACUCCUUUUUCAUAAUACAAACUUAUUUUGAAAUGACCAAAUGAAGUAGUCUGCAGAUACUGACACAGGGGAGAGUGAAGAGGUACACAAAAUAUGGAUAACGUUGAAAGAGAUCAUCAAUAUACAGAAGUGACAGAAAAUAUUGCUCCUGCACACGAACAGCACGGAGUGACUCAUGAUGUGCCAGGUAAGUGAGUCUAGAGGCCUUAAAAGCCUUUUAACAUGACCUACCAGUACAUAUGUACUGAUCACUCUAGAACCUUUCCAGACCUUAUGUCCGGUCCUAUGGGUUUGAAUUCAUUACUUUGGUAUUUAGAAUUUCCUGGAAAUAUUAACUGUGGAAAGACAUUCUCACUAAAGUUAAAAUAUAACCUAAAAAUGUUCUGUGACAUUCUUUUUGUCUACAACCAAAAAUUCUGUGGCUUGGUGAUCAAUUUUUGCAAAGUUAACUAUGGUGAUUACAGUUUCCUCCAUCAACAUUGUUUGUUCUCUUCAGUAAAGUCUCUCUCGUUGUAUCAUAGCAAGGAUUACCUAUAUAAAAUAAAAUUGCCUCUGCUAUCUGAACUGCGUAGAAAGCACAGCCAUUUUAACUCUGUAAUUUGCCAGUGCUGAAUUAGGGGCCUGGGGCUGAAAAUAACUGUAGGCCUAUAUGAAAUUUGAACGUGUCAUGAGCCUGACCUCCAUCUUUGACUAGACUUUGCAGCUGUGUAAUAAACCCCCCUCAAGUGUAUUUUACAAACUGGAAAUUUUAAGCCAUAUUCACAGGCAGCCUGAGGCACAGAGAAAUCUGCUGGGGGAGCAGGUGGUAAACAGGGUGACUGCAUGAGAAGAGAUAGGCCCAUCAUAUUGCCGAUCAGUAUCUACAGUGCCAAAGCUACUUGUGACAUUCUAUGCAUUAUCGAUGGUGACUCUUGUUGCCCAACCAGGGUAUGAACACUAUGUGUGAUUCCCUGGCUACAUGCUAUGAAUAUGGCACUGAGCACUUAAGAGAAGCAGCACAUAGAUAUAAAUAAAUUAAGAGUGAAAAAAUAGUGCCCGCUUGGGCCUGUUGCUAUAUGUGGUUCUGGAGCAUCUGCCAUUACCAUUAUUGUUAGUGCUAAGUUGCUGUUUGCGAUUAUUCAUCAUUAUUCACCUAAGUUUUUUUUCAAUUUCUUUCUUUUUUUUGUAAAUCAUUUUAUAUAUAUAUAUAUAUAUAUAUAUAUAUAUAUAUAUAUAUAUAUAUAUUGUAUUGUAUUUUGUAUAUAUUGGCCCCAGUGGCACGCUAUAAUGUAUGCAAGUUCAGCCCUCUUUCAUUUUCAUUUAUAUAUACACACAUACUCCAGCACAGUUACUCACUCAUUAAACACCAGCUUUAAUGCUCACAAAAUGUAAUAGUUAUGUUUUUUUUUUUAAAACACCUCACCUAGGCAAAAGUAAUGAGGAUUUAGUUACAGUAGGAACAUACAUUGCAUAAGCCUGCAAUAACGUCAAUGUACCCCAUUUUUGGUAGGUCCUAUCCUAGCAACCUUAUACCUGCUCUUAUGAGAUUAAUCCACUUACUUUGGCACCUGUGACAGGGAGGGGUGCAAAGCUAGGGAGUUGGUCUGGACUUCCAAAUAUAGAUACAUAUCAAACCAGGAAGGCUGCACUCUCCUAAACAUGUAUACAUUAUAAGUGUUCUGCUGGAGGGGAGUUAAUUCAACAUACAGAAUCCAGUGCUCUCACAACGUGUCAAUAGUUGUUUUUUUGUUUUUUUUAAACAUUUGACUUCGGCAAAAAUAAUGGGGAUUUAGUUACAGUAUACAGUAAACAUUGCAUGUAUGCAUAACUCCCAAUAUUUAAAAGAGACAAAGAGGGACACUUUAAUUGCAGGAGUGUGAUUGAGUGUAGCCAGGGGCGGGCUGUUUUGAGACAUUUUAGUUGACUUUUUAAUAACAAUUUAUGCAACUAAAAUGUAUUUUAGAACAAGAACAAUGUAUCUUAUUUACACAGACUGAUUUCUAAACAUUUAUUGUAGCUUAAAGACACAUUACUGUGAGUAUUAUUGCUGUGAAGCUCUGUUAUACACUCAGACACAAUAAUAUGAAACUCCUAAAAAAAAAAGAGGGACAUUAGGGAAGAAAAGAGGGACAGGGUGAUUUGGGUCCAAAUAGUGACUGUCCUUCCUAAAUAGGGACACUUGGGAGGUAUGUUAUGAAUGUUGUUACAAACUGCCUUUUGUAACUGGUUUUUCGUGUGACAAAUUGCCCUGCUUCCCUGGGUUAUGGAGAAGCCUGUUGGCCAGUCUCCUACCAUGUGGCUAUGACUCCAAGAUGUAUUUGGCUUUAAAGCCCAUAUUCUACCUUCAGACAGACUAUUUAUGUAGGUUUCUUUAUUUCUCUUAUGUUUUAGUCACCCUGUACCCAUUAUAGGUGCAGGGUGUGUGUAAUGUAAUUGUUUAUAAUGUGUGUGUGUACUGUGAAAUGUAUUGCCUGCUCUCCUGUACUGCUGAGGUUUGCUACCAACUAGGUGAAUUUGGCUAUGGAGCUUGUCUAGUGCCCUAUAGCAACCGCAAUAUGCACUACCUGAAUAGCAAGACUGGUUCAUUUGCAUAUUCAGGUAGAUUUGCAUAUUGCUAAUUCAGGCACGUGAGAUAUUUUCUGUUAAUUAUUGUCUCCCCUCCCCUUUAAAAAUAGGUUUUCACAGCAAUGUUAAUGUAAUGACCAUAUGGGCUAGUCCCAAGUAAAAUAAAGUUUUAGUCAGUUCUUCUUGACCCUCAACACGUAGUCUUGUCUUGUGAUUGGAGGGGACAGCUAUACUCACACUGGGGAUUGCUAUGCUCUGCAUACUCCCCUGAGCUUUAAUCACUUAGCUCUUUUAAGAGCUUGUUUCUGAUACGCUCUCCUGGAGGAGAGGUCUUCCCCACAUAGUCCUGGAGGACAGAAGCUGAUCACGAGCGGUGCUCGUGGUCCUCGGCGCAAGCUAGGAAGCGUCCAUCAACGGAGGGUACUCGGUUGGAGUACGGGGAGCCCUGUUACAAAUGUGUAUAUAUGCUAUACAUCAGGCUUCCCCAAACUCCGGCCCUCCAGAUGUUGCUGAACCACAACUCCCAUGAUUCUCAGCCUAUCUAUUUCAUUCAUAGAAUCAUGGGAGUUGUAGUUCAGCAACAUCUGAAGGGCCAGAGUUUGGGAAAGCUUGCUAUACAUAGUAUAGGUAAGAGCAUUUGUUGCAGGACACUGACAUAUGGCCAAUAUGUGCACACAGGAUUAUUCACUGUCAGGAUUUCAAAGUAAAUGCAAAGUGAAUAACCUUUCGCUCAGAAUAUCCAAUUUGGAAACAUUAUCCACAUGUGCUACGUUUUCAGUUUAGCUAUUUUGGCCUUCAAUUUUAAAUUCACUUUAUUUCAAUACACACUUUAUUGGAUAAGCCCGCGUGCAACUAUUGAUCAUAUGUCAGUACCAAACAACAAAUGCUCUAGUAAAUUAGUAAAAUCAGCUUUUUUUUUAACACUGGGAGCAACAGAUAAGCACUGUAGUGCACAGCUAGACAUAUUCAAUGGAAAUGUACAGAAUUCACAGUAAAAGGCAAUUCUCGCAGUACGAUAUUUAUCAACAGACUAAGCACAACAUCAAACUAAACAAUAUUAAUACAGAGCAGGCAAUCUAGAUCUAUCAUUUGUUUUAACUGUGUGUACCUAUAUGUUUUUUUUAGAUUUGUACUAACUAUCUGGUUAUUAUGGCUUGCACUUCUCCAACCAUUACUAACAUGCAUUUUAGUACAGAGCGUGCAUGGUGCUGAGCCGGUAUCACUUUUCUGGCACAGACGAACACAUGUGUUUGUAUAAGAUAAUCUGAGUUUGCUGUCACUGAGCACACUGAGUAGGAACACAGAAAUGCUUUCAUACAGUACUAUCAGCUUGUUAUCAUUCUGGAUGUACUGUGUCAAUUUGCUGGCAGUGUUAGGAGAGCACAAACAAAUUGCCCAAGGUUUCACCAGUAACAUUUUACUUUAGAUAUAUGCUGAAUGUUCUUUUCUAAAUCUAUUCUUAAAAUGUUACAGUUUAUUCAUUAAUUAAUUGUAGUGAAUUGAAAACAUGAUGAUACAAUUUAGGCCAAAGUAGCUCAACUGAAAAAAACAAUAGCCAUAGCUUGACUAUUUAGCCUGAAUGUGGCGGAAGUUAUGGAAGAAGGUAAACAAGUGCAGGUUAAUAUUUAUAGAAGAAGAACGAUGAAUGGAAGGAGUGGAGUGGUUGGAAUUAGAUAUACCUAACAAUAUAUAUCUUCUCAUUUCAUAGCGUAUAAAUAAAAGUAUCCUCUUUCUAUACGUGUAAAGCAAGCAUGUCAAACUCGCGGGCCGCUAGCGUCCCACAAGGACCAUCUUUGCGGCCCAGCGAGCUGUAAGUGCAUGCUAAGUGUUAAAGCGGAGUAGGCACCUGCUUUCCCCAAAUUGCAGGUGCCUACUCUGGUAACCAUUACCCGGCCGGGGAGGAGGGCCAGCGAGGGAGCUCAGUGUUCCUGCUCCUCACUGCUCCCUCGCGCGCGCCGUCUGUAGUGAAGCCAGGCGCCGGAAUAUGACGGAAUAUGGCAUCACUAAACCGAGCAGUGAGGAGCAGAUAGAAGGACCUCAGGGAGAUGCCCCACAUCGGCUCCAAAAGGUAGGGAGCAAUAAAGAAAAGUAUGUGUGUGUAAGUGUUUGUCUGUGAGUAUGAGUGUGUAUCUGUCUGUGAGUAUGUGUGUGUCUGUCAGUGUGUGUGUUUUGUGUGUCUGUCUGUGAGUAUGUGUGUGUCUGUCUGUGAGUAUGUGUGUGUGUCUGUGAGUGUGUCUGUGUGUGUAUGUCUGUCAGUGAGUAUGUGUGUGUUUCUGUCAGUAUGUGCAGGGCCGGACUGGCCUACCGGGAUACCGGGAAAUUUCCCGGUAGGCCGCCAGCCCUGGGGCCGCUUUGAGAUGUGGCUGCACUCAGCCACAAGACAGGAAAAAAAAUGUUUUCUAUGUUAGUCUAUGCGGCCGCGCGAUCCGCGCCGGCCGCUGCUGCUUGCUGAGCGAGCGCACAAAUACUUCCUGUCAGCCGCCGGAUGUGACGUCAUGUCAUCAUAUGCCGCUCACAUGCGGCUGCGCGGCGGCAUCUCUUCCCUCCUGCACCCUUGAGCUGUUGUAAAGGUAAGAAUAAAGGGGCUUGGGGGACCUAUUGUAUUGUGUAUUGCAUUUGGGGGGAGGUGGGGUCAGUCAGUCGUAUAUUAGGGAACGGGGUCAGUAAUGUAUGAGGGGAGGGGGUCAGUAAUGUAUUAGGGGAGUAGUAUAUUAGGGGAGGGGGGUCAGUAGUAUAUUAGGGGUGGGGUCAGUAAUAUAUUAGGGAGGAGGAGGUCAGUAGUAUAUUAGGGUGGGGGUCAGUAAUAUAUUAUGGGAGGGGUCAGUAAUGUAUUAGGGAGGGAGGGGGUCAGUAGUGUAUUAGGGGAGGGGGGUGAGUAAUGUAUUAGGGGAGGGGGGUCAGUAAUGUAUUAGGGGAGGGGGGUCAGUAGUGUAUUAGGGGAAGGGAGGGGGGUCAGUAGUGUCAUGGUGUGUGUGUCUGUCAUGGUGUGUGUCUAUCUGUGUCUUGGUGUGUGUGUGUCUGUGUCAUGGUGUGUCUGUCAUGGAGUGUGUGUAUCUGUCUGUGUCAUGGAGUGUGUGUCUGUCUAUCUGUGUCAUGGUGUGGGUGUCUGUUUGUGUAAUGGCGUGUGUGUCAGUGUCAUGGUUUGUCUUGGUCAUGGUGUGUGUGUGUGUGUCUGUCAAGGUGCGUGUGUGUGUCUGUUAAGGUGUGUGUGUGUGUGUCUAUCAUGAUAUGUGUGUGUGUCUGUUGUGGGGUGUGUGUGUCUGUCGUGGGGUGUGUGUGUGUCUGUGUCUGUCAUGGUGUAUGUGUGUGUGUGUGUGUGUGUGUUUGAAAAUAGUGUUACUCACCUUUUUGUGAUACAAUAUUCAAAAGGGGGAAAAGAGACACAAAAGUGUAAGAUACAAAAAAGGGGCAAAUAAUAUGGAUGUGUGUCUGUCUAUCUGUGUCAUGGUGUGGGUGUCUGUUUGUGUAAUGGCGUGUGUGUCAGUGUCAUGGUUUGUCUUUGUCAUGGUGUGUGUGUGUGUGUCUGUCAAGGUGUGUGUGUGUGUCUGUCAAGGUGUGUGUGUGUGUAUGUUAAGGUGUGUGUGUGUGUCUGUCAUGGUAUGUGUGUAUCUGUCAAGGUGUGUGUGUGUGUCUGUCAUGGUAUGUGUGUAUCUGUCAAGGUGUGUGUGUGUAUCUGUCAAGGUGUGUGUCUAUCAUGAUAUGUGUGUGUGUCUGUUGUGGGGUGUGUGUGUCUGUCGUGGGGUGUGUGUGUGUCUGUGUCUGUCAUGGUGUAUGUGUGUGUCUGUGUGUGUUUGAAAAUAGUGUUACUCACCUUUUUGUUUUUCCACGCCAUGCUGGUCUCCCCUCGACUGGCCCUGCCCUGCCUCUAUGGCUGAUGUCAUCAAGCUUUGUGAUCUCAGCCAAUCCAAUGCUUUGCCAUAGGAUUGGCUGCAAAACGCUACACCAAUCAGCAUCUCCUCAUAGAGAUGCAUUGAAUCAAUGUAUCUCUAUGGGGAACGUUCAGCGCCUCCAGAGCAUGAAGGCCCUGCAUGUAGGUGCUGCACACUGUGCAGCACUGACACAGGAAGCACCUCUAGUUACCGUCUGAGUGACUGUCACUAGAGGUGUCACUAGGAAGCAAUGUAAACACUGCCUUUUCUCUGAAAAGUCAGUGUUUACAUUGAAAAGCCUGCAGGGACAGGCUAUAGACAACCGAACAACUACACCUUUUUGUUUUUCCACGCCAUGCUGGUCUCCCCUCGACUGGCCCUGCCCUGCCUCUAUGGCUGAUGUCAUCAAGCUUUGUGAUCUCAGCCAAUCCAAUGCUUUGCCAUAGGAUUGGCUGCAAAACGCUACACCAAUCAGCAUCUCCUCAUAGAGAUGCAUUGAAUCAAUGUAUCUCUAUGGGGAACGUUCAGCGCCUCCAGAGCAUGAAAGCCCUGCAUGUAGGUGCUGCACACUGUGCAGCACUGACACAGGAAGCACCUCUAGUUACCGUCUGAGUGACUGUCACUAGAGGUGUCACUAGGAAGCAAUGUAAACACUGCCUUUUCUCUGAAAAGUCAGUGUUUACAUUGAAAAGCCUGCAGGGACAGGCUAUAGACAACCGAACCACUACAUUAAGCUGUGUGUGUGUGUGUGUGUGUGUGUAUGCGCCUGCUAGUGAGUGAGCUUGCUUGCAUGUGUGUGUGCGACUGCUAGUGAGUGAGCUUGUGUUUUUAUGUCAAUGAGCUUAUGUAUAUCAGUGAGAUUGUUUGUCUAUGAGGCUGUGUAUCAAUGAGCUUGUGUGUGUCAAUGAGAUUGUCUGUGUCUGCAUGUGAGUAUGCUUACUGUAUAAUUAAACAUUUUACUCUGAAAGGACCAAUAUUUUAUAUUAGAAAAAGCAAUAUAUAUAUAUAUAUUACUCAAUCAUCUGGGGUGGCAAGACAUUGCCUUACAUAUUACAUGUGACAAUAUAUGGCGCAAUGACUUAUGGGGCUGGCAUAGAUUUAUUUCCAGGGCUGUUUUGUAUCCCCAGUCCGGCCCUGAGUAUGUGUGUGUGUCUGUCAGUGUGUGUGUGUGUGUGUGUGUGUCAGCGGGAGGAUCAGAUUUGGCACAGGGUGGUAGAGGGGGGUGCUGUGGUUUAGUAGGGGGGGGCUGGGAUUUAGUAGAGGGGGGUGCUGUGGUUUAGUAGAGGGGGAUGCUGAGGGCUUUUUUUAUAAUGUAUUUUUUUUUUAAAUAAACCUACGUUUCUAUGAAAAUUUAAGAGUUUUUUUCUGUGCCAAAAGUAGAAAAGAUUGUAGACAUAGGAGGGAUAAUGUCUGAAGGAAGAGAGUGAACAAAAAUAAUAUUAUGUUUACCAAUUUAAAAAAAAAUUGAGAUUUUAGCCAACAAUUCCUCCUCCACGUUAAAUUAGUGGAAACACUGGAAGCUGAUACAAGUUUAAUAUGUAAACUAUUAUAGUUAAAAAAGGAAGCAAUAUAAAAUAUGCAUUGAUUUAUGUAUUAUAUAUGUAAUAAUUGAUAUCUAAAUAUAGUUUUUUUCCCUGCUCUUUCUUUAUUUCACUCUAUCGAUAACUUAUUUUCACUUUAACUGUGAACCAAAUGAUGGCAAAUGCACCAAUCAGUGUACUGCAAAAUAUAUGCAUAAUAUUUAUAUAUAUAAAUACAUUUUGCAGUAUACUGGUUGGCCCAUUUUUGUGCCCUUUUUGGUUUGUCCGAAUGUUUCCCUGAAUAUUUUUCUAUGAAUGAUAUUAGGGCGAUAAACAAUCACAUAAAUCAGCGGUGGACAUCCAGAACAAAAUUUUAAUUUUGGGAAAUAUUAUUCAGCCAAGCUGAACUUUUCUACUUUGCACAAGUCUACCAAUUAGAGAGCAGAUUAGGGUUGCUCAGAAAGGCGAGAAGUCGGGAGGAUAUAAAUGUGUUGAAAAUAAAAGGGAUUCAUAUCCUCAUAAUAGACAUCUUUAAAAAAUCAUCAACAAAGUGCAGAAAUUCAAAAAAAAAAAAAAGUAAAGGCAACGUGAAUUUCAAAUGUAAGCUAAUACAAUGUUAAACAAAUAUAUGCACACCAGUCAAGUCAUAAGGCUUGCCUUUCUCAACAGAUGCAAGUCUUAUGGCUUGACCGGUGUGCAAAUUUUUGUUUAACAUUGUAUUGACUAUCCACAGACAAUUUUUCCCCACCAUAACUUUUUUGGUUUUUGCUUUGAAAUGUAAGCUAACGUAGACAAACUAACUUGGACAACUUGUUAAAUCACCUAUUUAGUCUAAAUUAAAAAAAUUACUUUAAAUUCACUUUAAAUACAUUUCAGGUUUUAGUGAAUAACCCUGUUAGUAGAAGAGUCCAGGUGUUUACACUCUCUGUAUAUAGCAAAAGCUGUGUAGUGUGAAGGUGAUCAAUGAUAUAAACAUGAGAUUACAAUUCUUUAUUGAUACAAAAUAAGCAAGAUAGCUUGCUGUGUUAUUUUGCAUUCAAGAAAACUAAAACCACAGCUCUCCCUACUACAGUUUCUAAUUGUUUGUUAAAUAACUGACAUUGUGGCAGUUACAGUUAAUGAGGAUUAAGAACAUGUGAAAAUUUGCCUUUUUUUUUUUUUUACUUUUAUUCCGUCUGUCCCUACACAGAACAAGGUAAUCACUCUCUCCCAAGCUUGUUAGAGUGAAAUUUGAAUAGGCAACUUUUUCUACGAUGGCAUGGAUCUCAUUAUUUAAUGCUCAUUGCUAGGUCUUGCCGUGGUGAGUCCCAGGAUACAAUAUCAUGUCUAAGCUUUCUAUAUCACUAAACAUUGUGUAGCAAAAAACAUAAAUCUAUAGAGACUGGAUACAUGCCAUGUGAAGGACAAACUGAUUCUUCUUUCUAUUGCACCUUGAGAAUAUUGUUCUUGAUAGUGGAAGGCAACAAGGGCAGAGAAAGAUACAGUCAUGGGAAGGAAGAAGAGUAAGUGGCAUGAAAUUUGACCUAUGGCAAGUGGGGGUGGAGAAGAGCAUUGGAGGUGAUUUCUAGCGAUAUAGCGAGUUAGGAAAUAUAUUAUGGCAAAUCAGGAAUAUUUGAUGCUAAAAUGGACACCAGAGGUUCACAAGAUAAUAUAUUCCCCACUAUACUGUAUUAAUAUCAAAGACAUCCACAGCAGUAGCAUUGAAUGAUAUGUGAGCUGUAUGAAUGUAUUACAGAAGUCCACAAAUAUAAAACGUUAUGAUAUGUGAUGUUUACUGCAGAGCUCUACAGGAAUAAAUCUGUGGCAUUUGAGGUGGAUAGCAUUCCACAUCAAUACACUUUAGUAAUAUUUUUGUAUAGUUAUGUAACCCAGAGCUGCACUAGAAUAAACUCUGUGACAUCUAAUAAGUGUCAAUUUAUUGCAGAGCAACACACAUAAAAUUGUGAACUAUUUGAUGUACACAUGAAAUGUGCUAUGGUCAGGGGCGGAUGCCAGCCAGCCAGCCCCUGAUAUUGAAAGUGAGGAGGGAGAACUUUGUGUUCCAGGCCUAGUUCUCUGCUCCUUCUAAUAUAUCUGAGCAUGGCCACACUCUGAUACAUGUUCUGCGCCAACGUGUCUUUUUGUCUUAUCUCUAAGACCUUUUCUUCAUUAUUUCUAUCUUCUUACUGCUAUCUUGUCAUCAGUCUCCCAUAUCCUUGGAUUCCUUGCCCAUCCUGAUAUUUUGCCUUCCUGCAACUUAGCAUCCCUUUAAUUAUCACUUAUAAUGUUAUAUUGAAUACUCAAGUUCAGAAUAAGCCUAUUUGCUUCUUGCUGAAGAUGCCAAUAUUGCAUUUGUUAUAUGUGAAACUUUAUGUGAUGGAUAUGGACAGGGGUAUGGUGCUUCAUCCCACCCUCUCUGUAACAUGUUGCACUGUACAAUAAGGAGCACUGUGGCUAUAUAUGUGUGUUAUCCUCAUUGCACUGCUGUGCCAACCCAGUAGCCCAUCUUCCUAAAUUAAGGUGGAUCUGUCACUUUUGGGGGUCAUCUUUGGUUAGUGGCUGUGGCAAUCUCUGGUUAGUUCCGGUGGUUGUUGGGUGCAAUGAAAGUUAGGUUUACUUACCUUAGCUGUCCUUUGUGGUAGCUGCCAUUUUGACCCUGGGGAAACCCUGGGGAAGCACUUCAUAUGCCAGGAGUCUUGACAGUACAACACUGAGAUCUAUGGAUGGUCCUGCAAGUCAGCGAGAGCCUCUAUAGAUGAUGUCUUGCAAUGAGCAAGACAAUGCCUGAAUCCCACAACUGUCACUUGUAACAGCUCAAGGGAUUGGACAAAAGUUGACGGCAAAGUUUGUCCAUAAGACGAAGUAGGCUCUACUUUGUCUUAUGGAAUCUUUGGAUUGCAUUGGAAUUUCAAUUAAAUUACAAUGCAGUCAGCAUUAGUAUUUCAGAAAGGUUAUAUCUUUGUAAAAUGCUCAAAAAUGAUAUAACCGCUUCAUGAAUUCAGUCAGGGGAAUUUAUGCAUCUCUCUGUCUCUGACUACCUCCACAAAUGACCACACAAAUGGGUUUUAAAUAACAGAGUCGUUAUUUAGCUCACCCUUACACCCACAUAGAACCACCAAUGGACUUGCAAAAUAGAUGAUCAAAGGAAAUGGGAUAGAGAUGUUUCUUCACAGAGCAGGGUAUAAGAUUAUUCUUUAUUACUGCAUGAGUGACAUGUCUCUACUACUAAUACAUAGGCACAUUGCAAUUUUAUGGUCAAAUUAGAAUUGGAAUAGCCAAGUCAGAUUUUUGCUUGCCUACCUUUGCCUAAAAUUAGUAAUUUGUUUAUUGACUAUAUUUUACUAUCUAUGAAAUAAUUCUAUCUGUUGAUUUGCAAAUUGGAGUAAAGAAAAAGAUGAAUACGAAAGGGUUCAUAAAGUAGGGGGUACAUCUUUAAAGGGACAUUAUAAUCACCAGAACAACUACAGCUUACUGUAGUUGUUCUGGUGAGUAUAAUAGCUCCCUUCAGGCAUUUUCAUGUAAGCACUGCCUUUUCAGAGAAAAGGCAGUGUUUACAUUGCCCAUAGGGACACCUCCAAGUGGCUACUCCUUAGAUGGCCACUGGAAGGGCUUCCUGGCUCAGGGCUGCAUAGUAAGCAGCCCUGCCGUUCAGCGUCCCCACGCUCUGCAUGGAGAAGCUGAAUUUUCCUCAUAGAGAUGCAUUGAAUCAAUGCAUCUCUAUGAGGAGGUCCUGUUGGCCAAAACAGCACUUGGCCCAGCCUCUGUGCCGAUUUUUGCCAAUCCGAUACUUUCCCAUAGGGAUGACAUUGGCUAAAAAUCAGCCAUUCUGAUGAUGUCACAAAGGGGGCGGAGCCAGUGCUGGCAGACUUACUCGGUGUUGGAAAUAAGGUGAGUUUUAAACUUUUAUAGAGGGGCCAAGGGGGAGGGUUAGCACUAUAGGGUCAGGAAUACAUAUUUGUGUUCCUGACCCUAUAGUGAUCCUUUAAACAUCACUGUUGAAACUGUGCACUGUAAAUGUCAACUGUAGCUUUAGAUAGUUUAUCCCUCAGUUGCUUAAAAGUAUUAUGGAUUAGCAUUGCUUUUUGCAUAUAUGUAAAUUGUAUAAUAUAUCUAAUUGAUUUUUUGUUUCUUUUUUAUUGCCAGUACUUACAACACGUCGUUUGAGAGAUCGAACACUUCUGAAGAAAAGAAAAGAGGAAGCCCAAGAAAAAAAUACUUUCCUGUGGGUUUUUGGGUAAAUCUUCAGGGAUUUAAGGGGUAUUGACAUGAAAACAAAAUUAAGCUAUUUAUAAGUGUUAUUUUCUACAAAUCAAAACUGAAUAUCACUAUUUAUCUCAUAUAUAUAUAUAUAUAUAUCAUAUCAUAGGUUUUCAAAAAUGUUGAACAAAAUUGAGAAUAUGUUUAUAGCAGGGGUGAGGAAAAGGUAGAUCCGCAGAUGGAAUACAACUUCCAUGAAGCUUCCCAUUGGAAAGGCUGUGAUUAAAGGUGGUUUACGAUAGCCAAUAGGGAUGGAAAGAAAAUCAUUUUCGUUGUACUAGAAAGGAUUUAAUAUAUAAUCUAGGUUUUAGAUACAUGUGGCAAGAUCUGAAAAUUAACUGAAUGUGAGAUGUGAACACAAUCUUAGAGUCAAAGGUGACAUCACGACAGUGAGUGUGUGAAAUAGCACUAAUGGUUACUGGCUUAGAUGGUGACCCCAUAAACAGACUCGUUUUCCACUUAAGCACCACACUCAUUUUGGUUGCCAACUUUUAGUCUAGCUUUAUUUCCCAGGAAUCUCAGUUUUCUUUCUCUACAAGCUCUGCAUCUAACUUACCCUAAAUCCAGGGCCGAAUUAAGAGCCCAGUGGGCCUGGUGCUGACAAAUAUAAUGGGAUUGAUUACGGAAUCUUAUCGACAGAAAACACUAAAACAGUUAUACUUCCCAAGUGUCAUGUAUCUGGCGGAGGUGGUGCUGGAGGGAAACUCAUAGGGUAUAGCUAUCAGAAAACACAUACCCUAUGCUAAUCUCUCGCUUUCAUCAUUAAAGUAAAUCCAUACCCCCUAACAGAAACAUUCGGUGAAGCAGGAUGUCAGUGGGUGAUGUAAAAGGGACAAACGUGCCCAAAUAGGGAGUGUGUCUGCACAAAGAAUUAGAUGUCAGCCUGGUGUGAAUGCAUGUCAGGCUGCCUGCCAGUCAUGCAGGAUGACCAACCAAGGGCAUACUAUGCAGACAGCACCCUGAGAUUGGCCUAAAUGCAACUAAUGAUGCACUAACUCUACACUUUCUAAGGACUGUCCCCUAAGGACUCGCUGGUCCACUCCUCUCCUAACCUUCUUACUAGCAUGCUGUUACACAGUCUGGGACAGAGAAAAGGUGUAUGUAGUGAGUGUAGAAUAAAGGGGAAAUGCCGCAGUGUUAGAGAGACUGAAGCAGCAAGAGCAUUUGCAUAGUGCAUAGUCAGCUUUUCAUUAACUAAUUUAAUUGUCAGCCAGUCCCCACAAAUUUUGUUCCCCUACAUCCCUCUUAGGUUUCCAUAUUUAAGCAAUAGCAUGUGAAGAGUAGUAAAAAAUAGAAAUUUAAAUCAAUGGGCCUAUUUCAUGGCCAUGAGCCUGGAGCUGCAGCUCCAUCAGCCCCUAUGUCAAUCCAGCCCUGCCUAAAUCUACAGUAUAUCUCCCAACAACCAUGAUUUGGGACCUUUUUACACAUCCUUAUUGCACCUGUUGUUCAUUAUUCUUAUUUCAUAUAUUCCGUCCAACUUUCAUAUUAAUUUUCUUUUAGUAUAAAUACAUUUGUGCUCUUCAGAAUUUCCUAAUCUUCACCACCUUCAUUUCUUUUACCUUAUACCUUGACUAAGUUUCAUGUCUCUUUUUAUUUCAUUUUUCUCCCUUCCUUUCACUCAUGGGGGGCUAAUGUGUCGAAUAGACUCCUGACAUAGCUGUGACGCAAAUGUCAAUGGUGUCAUUUCACAGACACUGUUACAAAAAUCAAGUAUUAAAAAGACAAAUGAAGAUGGUGGCUGUAACCUAUGCUUAAAGUCUCCAGGCUGCUCAUGGGGCAUAUAAUGAGUUGCCCUGAGACCUACCCCUUUGAUUCCAACACUGAACCAAGGAUUUUUGCUGAAAUAAAAUGUUUAAUGAGCAAAUCUUUUAUUUGAAUAUAUAUGAGUCUGCUUAUAUUUCUGUGAGCUAUUUGAUAUAGAAGCAUAUUACAGUUAGUCAUUACAUGUCCAUGUUUUGAGACCCAACCUAAUAUAGUGAUAAAGUUCUCUAAAACCACCAAAUAAGUAAGUAAGUAAAAUAUUAUACUAGCUAAAAUAUAUAAUUCAGUGCACUUUUGUCAUGAAAAAGCAUAGCUAUGUGAAAUACUGUUUAUUAGAACAAGUUAUAUAAAAGAAAACUAGAGGGAGAUUAGAUAGGAUAAAAGUUACCUGCACUCUCUCCCAAAUCCCUAUUAAACCCCUUAAACAAAUGGAGGUUAUUUAGUUACUCCAAUGGCCAUUGGAGGGAAUGCCUGCCUGCCACAUCAAGGCAGACCUCUCAGGGGACCCACCCUAGGGAUUUGGGAGAGAGCGCCGGUAACUUUUUUCUUUCGUUUUUUCUGUAUGUAUUGGGAGGCUGAUGUGUACUCUGGUUGUUGCUGCUGCCCAAGAGUAGUGGGAGUUUGAGAGCAGGACUUUUUUUUUUUUUUGUAUUUAGAUUAGAUAGGAUGAUCACAUGUCGGUGUAGAAAUGAUAUGUCUAAAAAGAUCGUAAUAAUGAGGAGUCAGCUAAAGGGACAGUAUAGUCACCGAAACAACUUUAGCUUAAUGAUGCAGUUUUGAUGAAUAGAUCAUGCCCCUGCAGUCUCACUGCUCAAUCACUUUGUUUACAUAGGCGUGAGCAGCCUAGUGCAUAAGGGUGUGCACCCUAAAGCACUAACACACAUGCCGCAUAUAUAUAUAUACAUAUACACACACACACUGCUGUGUGUAUGUGAGGGUGCUGUGUGUAUGUGUCUGUGGGCACUGUGUGUGUGUGGGCGGUGUGUGUGCGUAGGCGCUGUGUGUGUGUGAGGGUGCUGUGUGUGUGUGAGGGUGCUGUGUGUGUGUAAGUGCAGUGUGUGUAUGUUUGUGAGGGUGCUGUGUGUGGACGCUGUGUGUGAGGGCGCUGAUCUGUGUACAUAGUUUUACUACUUAGAAAAUGGAAUAUAUAACACAACAUAAUAUUGAGCAGGGACCUCCACCUCUCUGUUCCUGUACGUCCAGUUGUCUGGUAUCAAUUACAUGUAUGUUAGUCCACCCAUUGUACAGCGCUAUGGAAUCUGAUGGCGCUAUAUAGAUAAUAAUAAUAAUAAUAAUAUGGCUCUGGCAAUGCUACCCAAUGUUAAAGGGACAGUCCACUGCCCAAAUAAAAAAUAAAAAAUCACUGUUUAUUAGAUAACCCAAAUAAAUCAAUGCAUGCAUUUAAAUAUGCAUUUUUUUCAUUGGGGUAUGUCUAAAACCAGACUUUGAAAGCUCCAAAUCUUGUGUCUGCAGCAUUUGCCAGCCCUCCCCUUCUUUUCCAGCCCAGGCUUUUUGUGGGUUUCCAAUCACAGCUUAAUAAGAGGUCUUUGCAAGCUAGAGCUCUGGGCAAUUGCUGCCUCUUGAGUUUAGCUCCACUGAGCUAACCAAACCAGGAAGUGAAAGGACAAGUUGUCUGAUUGACAGCCAGGGGUUGUAACAAGGUUAAUUUAUAAAAGUGACAUUUUCUAUUGAAUUCGGGUACACAACCAAAUUGCACAUGCAAAAGCUUUUAGAGUACUCUGCUCACUGAUAAAUGUGUAUUAAAGCUCAUACAUAAGAUGCUGUGUUCAUGGAUGAACGUGUAUUAAAGUAGAUAUACAAAAUGCUCUACUCAUGGAUAAAUGUAUAUUGCAACAUGUACAUAGAAUGCUCUGUUUAUGGAUGAAUGUGCACCAUCAUGUGCUAUGAAUGAGCUGAGCUCAUAUUACUAUUAAUAUUAGUAUUACUUAUUAUAUGAAUGUUUUACAUGAAAAUUGAUAACUGAGUUUGUGAUCUGUAGUCUGUAUAUCCCAGCUCCUCUCAAGUCACUGAAGCCUUUGUAAAAAUGUUCUAAGAAGUGAUAGUAUCAGAGCUCUGCUCAGACUAACUGGCAAAAGCAAUGAUAUCAAUCUCCUGCAGCAUAUAGAUCAAUAUGUAAUUGGGGAGAAAGUAUGUGGAUUUACAAAAAAGCCAGACCCAUGAAUACACACAUAAACCAAAGAAAACAUUUAUUUCCCAUGUUAGCUGCCAAUGCAAUAAAUGUGGAAAUGACUGUAAGUCAUGGUUAUUAUGUGAGAUACACGAGUGGCCUGGCGUUCGAUUAAAAUGUAUAAGUCAUAACAAAAUAAAGGGCUUAUGGUAAAGCAACAUUAAACAAACCUUAUUAAAGGGACACUGUAGGUACUAAAACAUAUUUCAUCUCAUUCACUUGGAUAUAGUGCCUGGAGUCCCAUUGCACUAUCUCUUCAUUCAGAGUUAAAACAUUUUGGAGCAGUGUUACACUAAAUAGGGAUCCCUGGUUUCUCAUACCCACGCCGCACAGGAGGUGUGGGUAUAGAGGAGAUUACACACUUCCUUAUACGGCAUUUCAGAAUGUUUGUAAACAAUAGGUACCAAAAUACUUCCCGGUGGCAGAAUGCGAGCGGCUUUUACUGACCUGAAGUGAAAACUGUCCAUCUACAAAAUCAUAGCAUAGCCUCAUUAUCUUCAGCUGGGGAAAUUCGAGACUAAUAUUAGUAAACUUAAGGUCUCUCUUGUAAAAAAAGUUUUUCUCGUAAUAAAACAUUUGAAUUUUUUUGUAUAUUUUUAACACAUACAGUCACAUCCAUUCUUUUUAUGGAUUUCUCAUAAUUCGUUGCCAACACAUUGCCUCAUUGCCAGCCAGUUAGAGAGUGCGGUUGUCGGGGUUUGUUAGUGGGGGAGUCAUUGCCCUGAGCGUGCGGUCAGAUGGGGAUGAUGGGAUAUGUAUCGGGGUGUCAUGAGGGAGUGGAUUGAGUUGACCGUGACCUUAUAUUAGGUUGCGGUUGACCCGGGUAGUUCUUUUUUGGCAUUCGGGUGCAUGUUUUAUUAUGUUCAUUUGACAUUGUUGGUGAUUUCCCUGCUUCUCUGUGUGCAGGUUCUGGCAGCUACUUUUCCCCUUGGUCUGUCAGUGACACGCAGCACAUGCUUGUAGAAACAUUAUAUAUCCCUAUAGACCUUUCAGGUCAGAUUAUAAUUAUUACCACUGCUUAUUCAUUAGGUGGUUAUCCACAGUUCAGAUAGUGUUACCGGAGAAAGCCGCAGAAGCCACACACAGAGAGAUGGAAGCAGGUCUGAUUCAGGAAGUAUAAGGUCUUUAUUAUCACCGAUCGGGUCUCAGCUGAACUCCUGUUCCAAACUGUCUGAGCCCAGAGCACACAUUGCAAAGGCUUUUUGUUAACAAUGCUCAUCCCCCACAUUCCCUUAAACCAAUCAUCUGAUACAUUUAACAUAUGCCACAUAGAGAUUUCAGCCUACUAAAUUUUGGGCCUUGCUGAAAUCCCAUCACAAUAGGAGUUUCUUUAUUUAUGUAUGUAUUAAUGGAUAUUAAUUGACACAUAUUGUUCCGAUUUUUUGACAGUUACCAGUCCUGACCUGCCAGUUGUGAGUUUCAUCUAUGAGCUUUAUUCUGAUUGAACAGUUGAUUGUUUAAGUAGUUUUGUAUUCACCCUGCUGCCUUCAGGUGUUGAGAGUUAUUUUUUUUUAGUUCUCGUUUUUGACUCACACACUAUGUUUGCCACAACAGCAUAUUAUUAUUUAUUUUUUAUCACAUCUCACUUCUCUCCCAGACUAUUUUGGCAGAUGGGCUGCUCUAACUAGACUAGUAGUCGAGUAGACUGUAGAUUUUUGUCCUCUAUAUCUCAUUAUUCACGUCUCUUGUAGUUCACAGGGGUCACUUCAGCACCUUAGGUUACACAGGUCUUUGUAUAUUCUAGUGGUGCCAUCGGAGAACGCUUUGGAUUUUGCCACCCAGAAAAAUGUCUAUUAUUGAUGUGACAUCAUGGUGAAUUGUCGUAUAAACAUACCCAUUCAUACCUGCAAAGCCACUGUGAUAGGCCGAACGUGGUCAGCUGAUGCUCUCAGCCAAUCACAGCCACCCAUUGCUGCUUGGGCUAAUAAUUCCUCACUAGCCCAAGAAGCACAGAGGGGAUGGGGCUGCUGGUGACUUUUAUUUAGCAUUCAAAGAUUAAAAACUGUGUAAUGCUGAAUGAUACAAUGACACCAGGGGACUCCAGACAUUAUAACCACUUCAAUGAGAUAAAGCACUUAUGAUGCUUACAGUGUCCCUUUAAGCCACCAAUCAGAGUAGAGCUACCAAUGAGUUUCAGACUUCUUAUUUUUAUGCACACACUUGCAUAUACAUAAUUGAAAGGGGGGGGGGGGUGGUGUUAGCAGUGACAGCAACUUUAGGAUUUUAGUUUAUUUUCUGCACUUUAUUUUAGCAAUAAUAAGCAUUCACACCUUGGUUAAAUAAAACCAUUCAAAUGGCCAUUUUAAUAGAGCAAAAAUUUGAAGACAUGAACAGGGUUAUUUACCAGUGUUAGAAUUCAAAGUGAAUUUAAAAUUUAAGGCCAUAGUAGCCAAACCGAAAGCAUAGCUGAAAUAGAGAUUUUUUCUGGUUCAGUAAUUUUGACCUUAAGUUUGAAAUUCACUUCUCACUUAAGUGAAUAACCCUGAUAUCUCACCUGAUGAGUAUGCCAAGUAUUUUACGUGAGAAUAUUAUUAUUAUAUAUGCAGGGAGCAACCCAGAAGCAAACGUUCACGUAAAACAAAUGGUCGUGGAAAGAGGAAGCAUCAAGUUAAAGAACUUGAGCCUGAGCCUGAGCCUGAGCCUAAACCAGAAUUCCAUCCAGAGCCAGAACUACAUGCAGAGCCUGAGGUUUCACACGAGCAUACAGAGUUUGUUCAGGAACACUCGGAGCAUCAAGAAGAUCCAGUCUCAACAGUGACUGAAAACGUGACGCUUAUUAUACAUGAGGAAGAAGAUGAUCAAGUGCCACACUUCAGUUCACCUUCCAACACAGGUAGGUUCAUGCUUUAUAGCUCACAACUAUCCCAAAUAUGGAAAAGCAAACAAGACCCGGGGCUUCAGCCCAAAUGUAACUUUUAUAACUCCUUACAAACAUAAGCCCCUCACAAAACUCUGCCCUGUAGCACGUUCCAGGUCUAACCCUAAACUUCAACAAUUUAUAUAAAUCACAAACAAUAUGAGUUAGUCCACCUCUGCUUUCACAAAAAAUCCCAAACAAAAAUGGCGCUAUCCUAACAAUGUACUCACCAACACAAAUUAUAAUACAACAGUAAAUAUGAAGGGAUGCACACCAGAAAUUCCUAAUCAAACGAUCUUUAUUUGACAUACAAUUAAAUAAUAAUCACUUCAAUAAGAUUAAUCAAUAUGUCAGCAUAAACCAAGUAAAAAGCCUAAAAGUGCUUAAACUGCUUUCUAUGCCAAUUUAGUGAAUGGGGAGUCACUGAUUGGCUAGAGCGUCAGCUGACCGCUCUCAGCCAAGCUGUGGUGCUCCUGCCCAAUGACAAUCUGUGCUUUCUGAAUAUGAGAAUUUAGAAGCCAGAUGCAGCCUGGGGGGAAUGGACAUCACGGCUGGAGGCAACAGGUUAAACUGUUCUUGAGGUAAGAGUUUCUCCAGGGGCUUCCUGGCACCAUAACAACUUCAUCCAGAUGAAGUUGUUUUGGUGCCUGUUGUGUCCCUUUAAAGGAACACCCCGAGCACCAUAACCCAACAGCCUCUUUUAGAAUUUGGAAACUUUCUUGGGUUCCCCGUCAUCCGCACUGUAUCUGGUCUUCUCCUGCUGGAAAAGCUUGAUAUCUUCAUUGGACCAUACAGAUCUGAUACAGGGCUGCACUCAUUGAAUGAGAGCACUCAGUUGAUUCUUUCAGCCAAUGAAUGCAGUCCUGCAUUAGGUUGCUUAGCUGAGUGGAGAUGACUGUGUUCUCCUGCAAGAAGAGUCCAGAAGCCAGAGCUGCGGCUGCAGGACCCAGGUACAUUGCAAAACAGUCCUAAAAUAGUUUGACAAAUUACUCUGUGAGGGCACUCCUGGCACCAUAACAACAGCAGCAGGCUGUAGUGGUUAGAGUAUUUUUGAAGUGCUCCUUUAAGCUUUCCUGGUUUGCAUGCUUACAUAUUUGCCAUGAAUCAAAUUAUGACAUCAACGUUUAUUAAUAAUAAUAAUAAUAAUACAACAGUAUAUAAACCUAUAUUUAUUAAUUCCACACCUGCUGUAAUACAAGUGAAGUAAACAUGCCACACAGCCCUGUAAGUAUACACAAGCGCACAGGAUGCGUGUGGUGACAAAACAUUUGUCUGUACAUGAACCAUGUAUAAACACAUGAUACUUUUUAGUCAUGUCUUUUUUAGGCCAUACUUACGCCAUGUCCCUACUGCCCAUGCUCUGUCGCUGCUGCCCCUGGAUUGACUCCUAGAAGUGUUGGGUUGUACUUUAAAACCCUAUAAAUAUUUUGAAUUUUCCAGAACAUAUAUAUUUUCUUAGUAUUGUUAGCUACACAUUACAAGAUUUGUAUCAUAACACCUGCAAAUUAUAGAAGAGCUGUCACAUCUAAAGUACAUUUUUGUAAAACCACCUUUAUAACUUUAACUAAUGUUUUCUGUAUGACUUUAUCAGUCUCUCACAUCAUUACGGAGGAAUUUUGGCCCACUCUUCUUUACAAUGUUGCGUCAGCUCAUUGAGGCUGCUGGCAUUUGUUUAUGCACAGCUCUCUUAAGGUCCCACCACAGCAUUUCGAGUUGCAGUCUGGACUUUGACUGGGCCAUUGCAAUACCUUGAUACCUUUUUUCUUUUUCAGCCAUUCUGUUGUAAAUUUUCUGGUGUGCUUUGGAUUAUAGUCCUGUUGUGUGACCCAAUUUUAUCCAUGCUAUAGCUGCCAGGCAGAUGGGCUUACAUUUGACUCUAGAAUUCCUUGGUUCAUGGUCGACUCAAUGACCCCAAGCUUCCCAGGUCUUGUGGCUGCAAAACAAGCCCAAAUCAUCACCACUGUGCUUGACAUAGGUGUUUGUACUGAUAUGCUGUGUUUGGUUUUCACCAAACAUGGUGCUGUGCAUUAUGGACAAACAUCUCCACUUUGGUCUCAUCUGUCCAAAGGACAUUGUUCUAGAAGCCUUGUGGUUUGUCCAGAUGCAAUUUUGGAACCCUAUGCCAUGCUACCCUGUUCUUUUUAGAAAGAAGAGGCAUCUUCUGGCAACCCUUCCAAACAAACCAUACUUGUUCAGUCUUUUUCUAAUUGUACAGCCAUGAAUGUUAACAUUUAGCAUGCUAAUUGAUGCCUGUAGAUGUAACUCUUGUUUUAUUUGCUAUUUCUCUGAGCACUGCACGGUCUGACAUUGGGUAAAUUUGCUGGGACAUCCACUCCUGGAAAGAUUUGCAACUGUCUUAAAUAUUUUUCACUUUUGAAUAAUCUUUCUCACUGUAGAAUGAUGGAUUUAAUGUGUUUGAAAACCUUGCUGGACACCAGCGAUUGCUGCUCUAAGAUCAUUGUUGAUGUCUUUCCUCCUAGGCAUUGUGUUAACACAAACCUGAAUGCUUCAGAACAGAAACUGCUAAAACAUUGGCUUUUAUAGAAGUGGUCACACUUGCUGAUGAUCAAUUAAUCGAGGGUAUUUCAUUAGCAGCAACUGUCUGCUACUUAGCGUCUUAAAUUCUAUGGAAGCAGUAAGGGUGUACUUAGUUUUUCACGCUAGGCUUCUUCAUUUUGGCUUUUAUUUUUGUUAAAUAAAUCAUAACACUGUGUAAUAUGUCAUGUGUUCACCUAAUAGCACCUAAAACGUGCUAAGAAACAGAUUAUUGUUAGAAUGUUAUUGUUAUUAUGUCCUGAUAUGUAAAAUCAUUGAAUUCAAAGAGGGUGUACAUUUAUUUUUAUAUUUUAUAUAUUUACAUUAAUUCCUUUUUGUCUACAAUUGUGAGUUGACAUGUAAAUCCUAUUUAUAAAAUGAUAAACAUAAAUACGAUGUCAUUACGAAAGAAGUGUUCCAUGUGUCAAAUUCUUUCUUUAAACAUUCUAUACAAAUCUGUUUUGCAGUUGAAGAUGUGGUACCGGAGGCCAAAAUUGAGCCGGUUGUUGAAGCACCUGAAGAUCUAACUUUUCCUUUGGAUGCCGAACAAGAAAAACAACAAUAUUAUACUGCAUUGCUUUAAAGUGUAUUAUCUGUAAAAUUAUGUUUUUACUGAAGACAUCAAGCAGACACUGCAUGAAAUAUGUAUAAAGAUCCUGCCUGGCAAUGACUGUUUGCCACAAGAAAUGUUGUAAUCUUGCUAAAACACCAAAAACCAUUCCUACUUGCAAUCCAUACUCUGUCUAAAUCAGUUAGUCAGUUAGGUAAUAGAGUCAAUUUAUUCCUACAAUGGAGACGUUCAUUCCUGCACAUUUUUAAUUCUAUAUGACUCUUGAAGCCGAAAUGACAGAGUGGUGUGGCAUAUGUUUAGACAACAUGUAUAAACCGUCAUAUUCAUUUAUCUUCUGUGUAUAUUGCUGAAUAAAAUGUUAGUUUGGUUUAAUAUAUGAAUUUGGCUUGCCUAUCAAUUAAAUGUACUAAACUUUUUCCAAUGCCGAAACUCCUUCGGUGCUGCUGACUCCUCUGGCUCCCACGGCAUCAUCCAGCGUUGGCGAUGUGGUGCGAGUGCAACCCCCAUUCAAUCACAUGCUUCACAUAGGAAAGCACUGAACCCAGUGCUUUUCUAUGAGCUGCAUUUGGUCACAUGACCGAGU